AUGAGCCAACAACGACAACAGCCCUUUCAAUGUCAUGUGUGUCACAGCCGAUUUACACGAAAUGAGAACCUCAAGAGGCACUCGGCGCUACACUCGCGCUCACAAGCGAGUCCUCCCUCGCAUGUGUGUGAUUAUUGCACCGCUACAUUCUCGAGGGCCGAUCUGCAACGUCGCCAUGUGAAGAAGAUGCACCUAGAGCGACAAGACUUCCGACGAUCCACCACAAAGAGACUUCGGCAAGACACGACAUCAACGGCACUCAUCAGACGACGCGGCGAGCCGGAUAAUGCACAGCGGAGAAGAUCUUGCCCCAGGCAGCAGCAGACAUUAUCUGCAUCAUUGUCCCCAUCAGAAAGCCCAUGCAGCAAGUUGACCCGGAGGACACAGUCGAACGAUGAUUAUGGCUCACUACCUCAGGUGGACUACUACUCUGCCCGGGAGAGGCCUCACCUACCGCAGGACGAGCAACUUGGAAUAUUCCACCACGGUAUUAUUCACCAGUAUAACGGCGAAGACGGUCUGAAUGCAGUCGCAACCGUGGCCAGCCCUACAAGCGUUGGAGGCGACGACUCUUCUUCGAUCGACACGGGCGGCUCGGCAGUAAUGUUAUUAGCAGAACCGACACACAUCAGUCAACCAGUUUUCCAUGCGACUGACGAUGUGGAACAAAGUUUGCGGUUAGGCUCCUUGUCCUCGACGUCCAGUCCUAGUCAAUUCCAGAACAACAAUCUUAACUCUCAUCAUGCCACUAGCACUUCACCGCCGGCGAGUAUUUCACAAAGCCAACAGCAGGAGGAAGAUUGGUCUCCCUCGCCGGCGCAGAUCGGCCGAGGCGUACACCAAUACUUUAAACACAUCUCCAACUUUUUCCCGUUCUUGCACCAACCCACGUUCGACAUCGGUCGGACCCCUGACUUUUUGAUUCUCAGCAUGCUCAGUCUGGCCUAUCAGUAUGACGAGGACCCGGAUUAUUGUGGCGGUGACGCCGCAUUCGGUUCAGGCGCGAGGCUCUCUGCACGCUGCUUCCACCGCGCGCGUGUGCUGCUCCUUGAAUCCUCCAACGAAAGCACGAAGUUUAGCUGGUCGAGCAGCCUGACCAUGAUCCAGGCAUACCUGUUGCUUCAAGUUUGUGCCAUGAUGUACCUCUGUGGCGAAGACUCGGCACACGGCUUACAGAUGCACUCCAAGAUGAUUUUCCUCGCACGCUCCGGGGGCCUGAUGCUACCAUGCCCGACCCCUGCUGGGGCGAGUGAAGAUCUGGGUUCCUUGUGGCGAGAGUUCGUCACGGCCGAGUCUCACAAGCGGACAUUGUUUGCCCUUCACCAGGUAGACGCGUUGUGGUACCAAUUCCUCUCAAUCCCCCGGUCGCUCUCACACCUGGAAAUCAAACACGACCUGCCUUGUCCCGAAGACUGCUGGGCGGCUACCUCGUCCGCGCAGUGGGCGCACCGAAGAUUGCUGCUCGUUGCAAGACACACCACCGGUGGCCAGCCGAUGCAGUAUGGAGAUGCCGUUCGACGCUUUCUCUCCGCCGACCACCCAGACAUCGAUUCGAUUCCGGAUUUUGACGCGUACGGGGCCGUCAACGUCGCCCAGUUCUUGAUCUCCAGCGUCCGCGAAAUUUCGGGUUGGCUGACGAUGACCGGGAGGCUUUCCAUCGAGAGGUUGGAACCUCUGAGGUCGUCGCUCGAGGCCUUUCGCCCACUACUCAUUCGACAAAAUCAGGUUGCUGAUGCGGCAGGCGGUGGUGGGUCCAAGGGUUCGACGUUGUGCGAGGCGACGUGGCAAAUGGCCAUGAUCGAAUUGCAGACGUGGUCUCCAGCCCACACCGGCGGCAUCGUGGGAGGAAGCGUGGAUGCGUUGUUGCAAGAGUCCACCCACCUCGCACCGUCUUGCGAGUUCCUGGUGGAAACCGACACGGCCAGGUCCAUUCAGCCACACAUCGACUGGUUCUUGUGUCAGCUCGACAACACCACCCCGGUCCCCGGCUCGGAACCGCCAUGGGUGCUUCUGUACGCCUACAAGGCCUUUUUGAUCGCUUGGCGGUUGGUUUGCGGCGCCUCUGUGGGUGCAAUGCAAGUUGUGGGAGUGGCGGAUGGCGACGUCGAGGGAGCCAUGAGGUGGGCGCGUAAGGUUUUCGAACAUAGACAGCGCUGGCGGCUCGGUAGAAUGAUCUUGACGUGCUUGGACGGCCUAGCAAAUUAG